GCAUGUUUCAGCGACUCGCCAUGAUGCUGUCGGCCUCUGGAGUCUCGAGGAGGCGAAGAAGCAGCGACCGCCAGGGCGGAUCUGCCCCGGGAGCUGCUGCGUCAUCUGCCGACUCAUCUGAGUCAGUCGCCCCAUGUGAGCCGCAGCUGCAGAGCCUCACAUGCGGCCGAGAGGAGGGAGAUCUGGUGCUGAAGGAGGCUGCGGGAUGCAUCGGCGACCUGAGGGAGAUGGCCAAGACGGCGACAAGAGAAGCGAUGGGCGAGAUGGAACAGCUGGCGGAGGAGAUCAAGCAGCUGUUCGUCGCAAAUGGCGGCAGUCUGCAGCCGCGGCAGACAGAGGACCGCCUUCGGCUCAAUGUGGGCGGCACUGUUAUGUCUAUCCCCGUGUCGGCGCUUCUCCAUCCCAAGAUGAAGCAGACGUACCUCUCGACUUUGCUGUUGCACUUCAGCGACCAGCUGCCCAAGGACGCCAAUCAGCUGCCAUUCCUCGAGAUGCACCCGGCCUACUUCCGCUGGCUGCGUGACCAGCUGGCACUGCUCGAGAGCCCCCACCUCGACGAGAUCAGCCUGCACUCACCGGAGGCCGACGAUCCCUCUUAUGCCGAGUACCACUCGCUGUUCAUGCGGACGCUGGGCGGUGCCAUCGAGAUUGGGAAUCAGCCACAGUCAACUGGCACGGCGGCAGAGGGCGGCGGGGAGGGCGGCGCGAAGAGAGGCUUUCGGCAGAUGGAGCAGUGCAUGCGGCGCUACGAGGGCCUGCUCGAGGGGCUUCGCAAGCAGAAGGAGAAGAUGGAGGCCUUCUUGGUGGCCAUGCGGCCGUUCGUCAAGGGGGACAGCAGCGAUGAGGACACCGAAGUGAUGACACUGAGUGUGUCUGAUGAGGAUGUGUCGGUCCUCCGCCGCACCAUCGCCCUCUGCGGGCCAGACCAUGUGCUUGUGAAGCGGUUUGACCGGUGCGAGAGCGAUAGAGCAGCACAGAGGACGAUGACACAUGACCUUGUUCGUCUGUGUGGGUUUCAGGACUCAGUGGCCCGACCAGGAGGUGCGCCAGACGUCCCUCAGGUUCCUGCAGCUCGUCGUCGACUUCGGCCGCCGUUUGUCGGUCAUGCCCGCCGGCCGCUUUGUCCAUCCGCCGGUGGUGGCGGCGCACGAGAAGGAGAUGUUCGCCGUCGAGCUGGGAAUGUACGGCCUCAACACAAUGCCGCCUGUGGGUGAGGCGGCGGGGGCGUCCGCUGUGAUCAAGACGGCCGACGAGUGGCUGGCGGUGAUGGCGAUGACAGACAAGAAGAUCGCUGUAGCGCCAUCACUGCUGUACAAGUGAGAUGCAGCACUCACACGCCAGAGGCAGCUGACAGGCCGAGACCACACUGUCCUUCUGUGUGUCAAUCAGGUCGAGUCGUGACACAUUCGCGUAUCCGUCCUUCCUCAACAAGGUGACCGGUAAGAGCGGUCUGCUGUUGGCCCUCCGAGACGGCGACACACACCGAUUCGGCUGCUUCAUCGACGGCCAGAUUAGACCGCCAGACGACUUCAGACAGGCCAACUACUACGAUGUGCCCGUCUUCUUCUAUUCGCUGUCGGGUGCGUACGAGACGCCCACCAAGAUCGAGGUGCCCGAGGAGAAGCAGCAGAUGGAGGUGGCUGGCACACAGGGGGUGGCGAAGGCCAACAAUAUGGACUGGAGUGCCAAUGUGUGCAUCGCUGGCGGCCAGCUGUGGCUGGGGUGGGCUCAGCCUGGUCCUGCGGCCGACCUUAGCCGCUGCCAGCAGUGGACCGCGAAGAAGGGGGUGCCCGACGGCUACAAGGGGACGACGGUCAAUGAGGAGGGCGCCGGCACACUGGCCAGCAGGCUCAACUUCACGUGCAGCGAGAUGGAGGUGUGGCAGGUGGGUGUGAGCGACGAAAAGGGAGCACAUAUGGGUGGCUGGCUGCUCGUGGCCAACACUGCUGUGUCUGUCUGUGUGCCGCAGAUGGGGAGCGGCUGAACCGAUCCGACGGCACCCACACCGACAGGCGGCAGAGGCUGGUGAGACCACACUACACACACACAUUUCUCAGCCGAGAAAGUCGAACACACUGCUGGCCCUGUUGUUGUCGCUCUCUGAGUUUUAGUGGUCAUUUUGCAAUGUGUGUGUGAGUGUGAUUUGGG